AUGAACAAUAGAAAACUCUUUAUGAGUCAUGAAGAGUUAGAAAAGCAACAAGAACAAGAGUUACAAACUCAACAUCAACAACAAGAAGAGAAUAACAAUAAUAGUGUUUUAAGAUUCUUUCAAAAUUUAAGUGGUUCAAUGGGUUCUAUACCAACACAAGACCCAUUACAACAACAACAACAACAACAACAACAACCACCACUACCACAACAACCAAACAUAUUGUCAUUUUUAACAGGAGAAAUGAGAAGUGCUUCACCAACAAUAUCACCAUCAACAUCAUCAAAUAAUGUAAAUAUCAAUCUUCACUCAUCUGAUAAAUCAAUAAAAAAUUCAAUUGGUAAUCUAAAUAAUAAGAAUUCUGCGGGCCUUCAUUUAGGAUUAAAUUUAUAUGGGAAAAAUAUAAAUAUAAAUUCAAAGAAAUCAUUGGGUAGUAAAUUGGAAGUGGAAUCCCAAACCGUUACAAGGGUCCAACCGAAUAGACCAAGUAGUAAUUUAAUUGGUAAUUUAAUAUCAGUGAAUAAAUAUUUCAUAUCUUACAUUAUAAAGGGUGAAAAGGUUAGAAUAUUGGAUAAAUCAAGUGCAACUAAAAUCUUGUUAAAAGAGUUUCCAGACGUAAUAGAUAUUCAAUUUCAUAGUGAAAAUGUAAACAUUUUGUCAUGUUGUAGUAUGUCUGAUGGUUGUAUUUACAUUUAUGAAAUCGUUAAUAAUGGUGAAUCUAUAAAUGCAAAAUUAUUAUCAAAAAUUAAACAACAACCACAACCACAACCACAACCACAACCACAUGGUAGUUCAUCAUCAUCAUCAUCAUCAUCUUAUUAUACAACUGUUAAAUGGCAUCCAACUAAAAAUGAUACAUUAUUAACUUGUACAAAUGAUUCAAAAUUGGUUUAUGCUUUUAAUAUAAAUCAACCUGAUACACCAUUAUUCAUAUUGGAUCCAACAACUGGAAAUAUUCCAACUGGUUUAUGUUGGUUCGUACAAGAGUCACCAUUCAAUGCUAGUGGUAAUGUUUUUGAAAAAUCAUCAAUUUUAAUUGCAAAUGGUGAUAUUUGUAUUUUUAAUCAACAACAACAACAACAACCAAAUAUUUAUCAAUUAGAGAGUACAUAUAGUAGUAUUAAUGGUAGUGAUGGUAAUAAUUUAGAUUUCUUAUUUGUUAAUCAUAUCAAUUUCGAUACAAUUGUUGGUGUUACAAGACAAUCUGAAAUUUAUUUAUUUAAUAGACAAUUUUCGGUGAUUCAAAAGAUUACCUUUUCAAAUAAUCUAUUUUCAAUUUGUUCAUUAUUAUCAAUUAAAGAUUCAUUUUUAUUCAUCUCUGAUAGUAAUAGUUCAAAAGCAUAUAUAAUUCAUAUAAACUCUGGUAAAAAAGAUAAAUCAAAUGAUAUUAUUGGUGAUGGUAGUGAUGAUAAAGAUGCUAUAAAUAGUUUAGAUGGUGAUAAUAAUAAUAAUAUCAAUAGUAAUAAUAAUAAUAAUAAUAAUAAUGAAGAUAAUGGUGGUGAUGAAUAUCCACAUUUUGAUUAUAUUAAUGAAUGUGAUUUUAAGAAACCAAUUAUUAGUUUUUGUUUUCAAUCAACACCAAUAAUAAAUAAGAGUACAAGUACCAAUAGUUUAUCAUCAUCAACUCAAUCACAACAAACUUAUCAACAUCAACAAGAGAAAACAAUAUUUAGUGCUUGUACAAUUCAAUCACAUUCAGUUUUACUUCAUUCAAUUUCUUUAGAUACUUAUUAUGCUGAAAAUGAUCAAUACUCUGUCAAUUCACUUGAAAAUGAUGUUGUCGAACAAUCUGGUUUAUAUUUAGAUUCUUUAAAUAGUAUUAAUGGUAAUAAUAAUAAUAAUAAUAAUAACAACAACAAUAAUAAUAGUAGUAAUGUUGGUGGUAAUAAAAAUAAUGGUGUUUUAUCACCAACUAGCAGUACAAAUGCAACCAUUGGUAGUGAAGAUGAUGAUAUUAAUAAGAUAAUAUUAUUAACACCAAAAUCAUUCACCCCUUCAUCACCACCGCCAUUAUCAUUACCUGAACCCGAUUUAUCAUCAAGUCCGACAUCUGAUGAUCCAAUAUUUGGUAAUGUUGUCAGUGGUAAGGGUGUAGUUAAUAAUAAUACUACCACCACAACUUCUGAAAAACCAAAGAAAGAGCCUUCUGCUGCAAGAAAUUUGAAAAAGAAAACAAAAUCAAAAGAGAAUGAGUCAAAUAGUACUACUACUGCUGCUGCUGCCACUAACACUAGUGGUAAUAAUUCAACACCAUCUUCAAGUAGUUCUUCACCAAAUGGUACAAAUUCCACAACACCAUCAACUACAGUAUUAUCUCCACCAUUGUUGGUUAAUACAACUGAUGAUCAAUCAGGGUCAACUUCACCAGCAAGUAUUAAAAAAGUGAAACCAAAAACUUCAACUACAAAGGUCACCUCUUCAAGUUCAAAUGAAUCAUUAAAUACUUUAGAUACCAAAGAAAAAGAGAAAGAAAAAGAAAAAGAAAAAACACCAACUAAACUAAUUAAAUCUACAACAACGACAACAACAACUACAUCAACCACAACAACUCCAUCAGCCACAACACCAACCACAACAACACCAACCAAAAAGACUCCAUCAUUUGUUGCCCCACAAUUAGUUAUACCUUUAACUAAUCCAGCUUCAAAAUUAACACCAUCAAAAUCAUUAUCAUCAACUAAUGUUAACUCUGUACCAACUUCAUCAACAUCACAAUCAUCGUCAACAACAGCACCAGCACCAAUAACUACAACAACAAUGACAACUGCAACAAAUACAUCUCCAUCCUUGUCACCUCCAACUACUGCUAAUUCAACUUCUACCACUUCAAAUAUACCAUCAUCAUUUUUCUUUUCACCAACUGAAACUAAUCAAGAUCAUAUUAACACAAAUGCACCAUUACCAGUACUACCACCACCACCACUAUCACCACCACAACAACAACAACAAACUUCAUCUCCAACAACAACAACAGCAGCAACAACAACUUCAAAUUCAAAUUCACAACCAAUUCAACAAUCAAAUUAUACAUCAAAUAAUAUUCAACAAUUAUUUAUGGAAAUGGAAAAUAAUUUAUUUAAUAGAUUAGAGAGAUCAAUGGCAAAUCAAUUUGCACAACAUGAAAAAGAAAGAAUUGAAAGAGAGGCAAUGGAGAAGGAAAGACAUGAAAAACUUUUAACAAUUGUUCAUCAAUCAAUUACAACCAUGAUGAAGAGUAAUCUCGAAAAGAUUGUAAAGAAAGAGAUUGCAGCAACAUUUGUAAAUUUAGAGAAAACUUUACCAACUACAGUUGAACAAACCAUUGGUAAGAUUGCACAAGACCAAUUAAAGAAAUUAUCAGUUAAAACUGAUACACUUUUGAAAUCAUCAUCAGAGGCAAUCGUUUCAAACGUUAAACAAUUGAUUUGUUCAGACAUUUUCGAAGGUUUGUUAAAGAACCAAAUGGAAACCAUUUUCAUAAGUUAUUUCCAAAGUAUUUUAAUACCAGGCUUUGAAAAAUCUUGUCAAUCCAUGUUUAAACAUUUAAGCUAUACAUUUGAAAAUGGUUUCAAUCAAGCAAUUCAACAUCAAACUUUAUCAUCUCAAGGUCAACAUUUAGCUUUAGAAAAGAUUUUAAAUGAAGGUAAUACAGUAAUUAAACAAUGUACAACUCAAUUGGUUGAACAACAAGAUCAAUUAUUAAAAGAAUUUAAAAAACAACAACAACAACAAAAUCAACAACAACAACAAAAUCAUCAACAACAAAAUCAACAACAACACCAACAACAACAAAAUCAACAACAACAACAACAACAACAAAUGUCACAAAUGCCACCACAAUUCCAACCUUUACAUCAUGGUCCAACUGGUUUUUAUCCUUUCCCACCACCACCUCAUUCACCAUUAAAUAAUCAACAACAACCACAAACACCACCACAACAACAACAACAACUACAACAAUCACAACCACAACCACCACCACAACAACAACAACAACAACAACAACAACAGCAAUCACAACCACAACAACAAACUCAACAACAACAACAACAAUUAAUUAAUCAAAAAUUAUCAGCUUACCCACAACUUAAAGCAUUAGUAGAGACAAGUUAUAUCGAUGCAUUUAAUUUUGCAUUGAACGCAUCAAAUCUACAAAUGGUAGUUAGUCUUUGUUCAUGUUUAGAUCCAUACACAGUUUUCUCUUCAAAUAAAUUCCCACAAACAAUAAUUUUAUCAUUGAUUCAACAAUUAUCAAUCAAUUUGUAUACUGAUACUGAACUUAAAUUAAAAUGGAUCAAAGAGUGUUUAUUCGUGGUCGAUAAUAGUAAGGCUGAUGUCACUAAGAAGAUUUUAAACGUUUUGAAAAAUAAAUUGGAUGAACAUCAAAAUUCAAAUCCAAAUUCAAAUUCACACCUUCUUCAAUCAAUUAAAUAUAUAAUUAAAGAUAUUUAA